AAUGGAUGUCCGUUUGUCACCAUCCCACGGUUACCAAGAAGCCAUCAUUAAACAAGAAAAGGAUAUUCCUGACCAGAAGCUUAUUGUGAUCAAUCAAAAGGAGCAAACUAUGUUAGGAAUGUCCAUCAUGAAACAGGAAGAUAAGAGGCCUAAUCUGAGAGUAACUAUGUCUAUAAAGAAACAGAAGAUGACUGAAAUGGAAGCAGUGGCUCCAGAACAGGAUGUGGAGACCCUUGGUAGUUCUGGUAGCAGUCCUUCUGCAAUCAAGGACAAUGAUGCCCAUACUAAAGUGAAACUCAAUCGUGUUCGUCAGAGUGGAAAGAAACGUGGAAGGCCUGCUUUACAGAGGCCAGUUCAGUGCACAUACUGUGAGAAGACCUGCAAAUGCCAUGGUAGACUUAAAGUACAUUUGAGAACACACACUGGAGAGAGACCCUAUGAGUGCUUAAAGUGUGGGAAAGGUUUUUCACAGGCUAGUGUACUGAAAAACCACCAGACAGUACAUACAAAUGAAAAGCGUUUUCCGUGUACCGAGUGUGGACAUUUUUUCACAUCAUUAAGAGGUCUGAAAGUGCACACGCGAAUACACACAGGAGAAAAACCCUAUGAAUGCACCUUCUGUGGAAAGCAGUUUAGACAGUCAGGAAAAUUGAAACCACACUCGUAUAAACAUACAGGUGAAAGGCCAUAUCAGUGCCGUCUAUGUGGUAAGGACUUUGCUAGGUCUGAACAUCUUGAGAGACACCAGAUUGUGCAUACUAGAGAGAGACCACAUCUCUGCCGAUAUUGUGGGAAAGGCUUUUCUACAACAUAUGCUCUUAAAAUACACCAGAGGAUUCACACAGGGGAAAAGCCCUAUCCUUGCACAUUAUGUGGCAAGAGCUUUAGCCAGUUAUCAAGCCUAAAAUCCCAUUCAGCCUCACAUGCAGAAGAUAAGCCUUACCCUUGCACCCAGUGCAGCAAGACAUUUGCUAUACCAACGCACCUUAAAACGCACCAGCGUAUCCACACUGAACAGAAACUAUACUUCUGCUCACAAUGUGGGAAGUGUUUUCCUAAAUUAUGGGGCCUCAAACAACACCAGAAGGCCUUACCACUGUGUACACUGUGAAAAGAACUUCAGUAAUAAAGGAGCCCUCGAAACCCAUCAAGCAGAACAUGACAGAAACAAAGAAACGCCUUUUCCUUGCUUUGCCUUGUCUAUGAAUUAACAAGUAUGUUAUCCUGAAAAAAAUAUAUAUAUAUGUGAUACCACAUCUGCCUUUUGACACCAUGAUCCAUUCUAAUCACUCAGAAAUGUCUAUAUUACUACUUGUAUAGAGGUUACCAGCCUGACAAAGGCUGUGUCCUGCAAUUUAAAUAACAGAGCACUUACAAGAAGUUAGAUGUGUCAGGGUGUCAAAGAGUUUGCUAAUUUCAGCCUUAUGGGCAAUCAGGGCUCCAGCAGCGGUGGUAAAAUUGCAGCUCUUUUAUACUGGACCUCAAGUGUGUUAAACGGUAUGUGUAAGCACUGUCUGUGUAAAUAUGGACACAAACAUCAGAUUAUAAAGCAAUUUUAAAAUUGUGCUAUACUAGCCUCAGCUCUCUGUCCCCAAGUCAAACAUUUCCCCCAGUCUUUUACCAUGGGAAGACCUAAGGUCCACAUCUGUUGAUCUCUCAUUCAUGUUUUUAGCAGCUGUAUCAAUUAUAAAACUCUUUUUAUAGGUAGUUCUGGUAGCAGUCUUCUGCAAUCAAGGACAAUGAUGCCCAUACUGCCCAUACUAACUCAAUCGUGUUCGUCAGAGUGGAAAGAAACGUGGAAGGCCUGCUUUACAGAGGCCAGUUCAGUGCACAUACUGUGAGAAGACCUGCAAAUGCCAUGGUAGACUUAAAGUACAUUUGAGAACACACACUGGAG